UCUCUAACACCACCUGCGCACUCUAGCAUUCCCCACCUUCUCUCUCUCUCUUCCCUUAACCAAUGUCAACGACCACCCACCACCACCAUCACAACCCUCAUUCUUCUCCUAACCUACACCCCCAAUGUCCUCACCCACUCCCCGCCGCCGCUUCCCGCCGCUGUGCUGGACCGACGACGAGGCCCAAGCCCUCAUCUCCGUCUUCAAGGACAAGUGGUUCUCCCUCGGCCGCACCAAUCUCAAAGCCAACGACUGGGAUGACGUCGCCGCCACCCUCGCCGCCCAAUUCCCCCUCGUCUCCCCCUCCAAGACGGCCGCGCAGUGCCACAACAAGAUCGAGAAGCUCCGCAAACGGUACCACUCCGAGAAGCAGCGGGCCUCGACCCGACCCGGUCGGUUCUCGCCUUGGGCUUUGUAUCGGUUUAUGGAGGAAUUGGAGGGCGAGUCUGGUAAGUCGGGCCACACGGCCAGUAAAGGUCAUAGGAAUUUGGCGCCUUUGUUUAAUCCUAAAAUGAAGUUGAAGAAGAAUGAAAGCUCAGGGUAUCUUCGAAAAUUCGAAGGAGUGGAUUCUAGUGGUGUUAAAGAUUUGGGAGGGGCUUCGGGUUUGUUGAGGAGUGUUAGAGAGGUUGAUCCAGUUGAAGAGACGGUAUCGUCGAUUCAGUUGCUUGGGGAGAAGUAG